ACCCGCCAAAAAACGAAGAGAAGAAGAAGAAGUACAGGCUUCUUUAGUUCACGUUUUAAUCAUAUUGAACCAUGCCUAUUUCCUGUUCAGCAACUGAUUGCUCCAACCGCUUUGUUAAAGGGUCAGAGAUCCGAUUCUACAGGUUUCCAAUCAGCAAACCUCAGCUGGCUGAGCAAUGGGUACGAAGCCUCGGGAGGAAGAAUUUUGUUCCCACUCAGAACUCUUGUUUGUGCUCUGAGCAUUUCCAGACUGACUGCUUUCGUGACUAUAAUGGAAAACUGUUUCUCAGAGAGGAUGCUGUGCCUACUAUUUUCACAAAUUCUGGAGGAGACGGUUCAAAAAUUGAGUUACGGAAAAAUCGAGGAGGAAUAGUGGCGAAGGAUGCAAAUGAAUCCAUUCGGUUUAGUGCGCAUGCUGAUAGAGCCAAACAAAUGGCAAAGGACAGAAGACAACCAAUAAGAGACUCCAGCCUGAAGGGCAGAAGCACAAAUGACCGGAGACGUGGAGGGGCAAAGCUCACAUCAGGUGACAGACAGACCCUGACUAUCAAGAGUAAGGUGUAUGACAGCAAAGGCCUGCUGAUCUCAUGUGGGAGGGAUCUUUGCGACUGUCUGGAUGUAGACUGUAUGGGCUGCUUCUACCCGUGUCCCGAGUGCGGCUCACGGAAGUGCGGUGUGGAGUGCAGGUGUGACCGGAAAUGGCUAUAUGAGCAGGUGGAAGUAGAGGGCGGUGAGAUCAUUCGCAACAAGUUUGCUAAUUAGCUAACCUGCUGGGAGACAGAAAAGACGACACUACUUCUGUAACUGAGAAUAGAGGACUGGCACUGGCUUUGUGUAUGGACAUCACAGAAGUAUACAGUUGUAUUGGUAUAUUGUUUAUUUUUUAUUGUUGUCGAAUGUUUUUGAAAUGCUUGUUGCUAUAUUUCCAUGCUAUCACUAAUACAUAGCUGUAUUCAUUGUUUAAUUAUUCCAGGAUAAUUGUCAUGCUGUAGUCUAAAUGUCAUUGUUUGAAAUUUGCUUUUACACUUACAAAAAUAAAAGCAGAACAUAAAUCAAACCAGGGUGCACAGUGCUGAUUCAGAGGUUUACAAUGAUGAUCUCUUAACCCCAUUUUGAAUGCUGUAAAUAUUUGGGAAUAUGUAGCUACUGGAAGCUACAUGUUUGUAAAAUGCCUGAAUAACAUACAAAACCUGUAUAGACAUGUUGUUCGGGAUACACAAUGCUAUAUUUUCUCAUGAAAAUUUGAUACCUGAACUCUGUAUUGGCUGAUAAGAUACCAGUGUUCUUUUUUCAAUCUGUGUAGAAUAUUGAAGGGGUGGGUGACCCCUGUCUCUUUGGCUUAUUGAAUACAUUUACUAGCAAUUGUUAUAAUCAAAAGGUAAAGUCUUCUAUCCAUGUGCAUUUAUUCAGGUUAUGUGUAUGAUUAUGAAUGUUACAUGUCAUUUAUGUAUUUGGUCUCUGAGGGUCUGACCAAUGUCAGGAAUGCAGUAACAGUGGUUUCUCAUUUAGCCUGGCUCCUAGAGAACAAAUAUGCAUGCGAGUUGUAGUUAAUCCAUCAAUAAUUGAUCAAAUUAAGCAAGAGUUUUAGUGUAAGUUUUAGGUCACUACUCACUACUGUACCAAAUGUAUUUACUGACACAAAUUCAAUCUAAAAUAUAUUUUAGUCUAACUUUGUUCUGUUGCAUUUGGUCUUGUUCUUUUGUCAU